AUGGCUAGCGGAGCGAGAGGGGGAGUGUGUGCAAAGUGUGAGUGUGAGAGCGAAGCAUGGCGGACCAGGGGAGAGACGAGCAGAAGCAACGAGAAGGACAAAAAAACUUGGUUGGCGCUGCAUGCUGGCCCGCAUAUUAUUGACAUGUUGGAGAUUGGCUGCCAGCCCAGUUGCAAAAAGCCAGGGCUAGAGCAAACUAGCCGAUGGGCCGUGGGCCAUAUGGAGAUCCCAUCGGAUCAGGCGCCUGGGAUAAGCAACUGGCGUCAGGGGGUGAAGCUGCGGGGGAAAUUGCGUCGAAGAGCGAUGGAUGGAAGAGCGAUUCAGGCCCUGUCUCCCAAGCGCUCACUGACCCUCCUUUGCCUCCCCGUUCCCCGGACUUUUCGAGCCCGAUUCGCUCUGCUCGACUUAGCGAGGUCGUCGCAACCAGGACCAGGAUUGGCCGGGGACUUGUCCAGAGGAGCUUUUGGCGAAGCGACAGUUGAGGUCGGCCUCUCAUGCGCGCUUUCGAGUCCUGUUCCUGCAUCAGGGUUUUGCCUCUCACUUGGUUUCCUUUUGUCAUACUAUGUAGACUCCUCGACACAAGUCCCCCAAUCCCCUUUGCCCAUUUCCGUCGUGUCUGAGCCAAACACGCCGUCUGGUGGAGCCGCCACCCCAUUCCAAGCCGUUGAGCCUAUUGUUCGCCUCGUUUCGAAGGCUGCUUGGCUCCCUCUGCCUGAGCUACAGUAG